AUGGUUAAUUCAAUUAAUGAUAGUGAUAUACUUGAAAACUCAACGAGAUUUGUGGUCAAUCAUCUACUCGAUGAGCCAAAAUAUAAUUAUUUCAAUGAUCCUCAAGAAAAGCAACAAUUUGAUCAUGGUUGGAAUCAGUUAAUUCAUAAACAACAAGAUUACAAUGGUCCAGAUAAUUUAUUAAGGCGUAAUAGAGAAAGGUUAACUUACUUACUUAAUAAUUUUCAUAUUAUAACUCCAGAAAAUCCGUAUCCAAAAUUCGAUGAAGAAUACAUUUGUAGUGCACAAUACUCAAGAGAUCUUUCAGAUGCAACUCGGGAUACAUAUAUAUCAUUUUCAGAUUUAACUAGGAAAAUUCUAGUAGAAAGAAAUAAAUCAUAUAAAUAUGAUAAUUUUGAUCCGAUCAUUAUAUUGGUGAAUAAAUUAUCAACCUUAUCAUGGCUAUUUUCAGUUCCUAUGCCACAAAAGGAACAAACGAAUCUUGAUACCCAAGAAGAUUAUAACUAUGAGCCUAACAAUUCAUUCAUAAGGCGAAAUAGUGAUUCAGAAUUAAACAGCUUACCAUGUUAUAUGGAUGGUGGCAAACCUGUAUUUGAAAUUUAUUUUAAAAUCAUUUUCUAUGAUCCAUCAUAUUAUGGAAUAUUGGGAGAUACAUAUUUGGAACAAGAUAUGAAGCGAUUCAAAAUAGAUAAAUCAUAUUUACAGAAUUCAGAAUCUAUUGGAUACUAUCAUGGCAUUACGCAUGAUAGAUCAAGAUAUUUUGAAGAAAGUCUUAUAGACCCUAUUAAGAGAUUAUUAUGUGGACAUUUUGAAGAUGUUGAAUUGGAAAAAACUUAUUAUAGAAAUGAAACCAUUAUACCAAGCUGUUGUCUUCGUAUUAAUAAGUUAGGAAUUAACUUCUCGAUUCCAAUUGAAUUUAAACAAGGAGGUAUUUAUGAUUUAUGUGAAACACAAAAAGAUAAGAAUAGCAAUACAGCAGAAUAUCAUCAUUUUAUAAAUCAAAUCGUAUUUCAAAUGAUAAAUUAUAAAUCUAAACUAGGUUUUGCAAUCGAUUUCGAUUGUUUUUAUGUAAUCAAAUUUUAUGAAAAUCCAAACCCAACCAAAUAUUUACAUGAAAAUGGUAAAGAAUAUAAUAGUAUAUCAUGCGCAAUAAGAUGUUUUAAACAUUCAAUGUCUGAAUAUAGUAUUUCUUCUUUAUUGUUACUUUUGACAAGUCAAUAUUUUCACACUAUUAAUAAAGAUGAAAAAAAAUCGAUAAUUAAUUUAUAUAAUGAGUAUAAAUUAGAUAAAUAUUAUAGUACAUAG